CCCGGGAACCUUUUCAGACCUUCACACAACAAGGCAGGUGGAGACCAGGACCAGACCAGGAACAGGAUCAAGACCAAGACCAGGCCUCACCAUCACCUGCAUCCCAUCUGUGAUGUCGGACAGGCGCGUGACAUCAUCACCCUGGACUCAACGCCACGCACUGACCCGGAAGUGACAGUGAUUCCUGACUUGUUGUGGUCACUCAUUAAAACUGUUCAUUACUGAGCAUCAUGUCCACUAAAGAGGUGUCGAGCAGUCACCCUGCUCAGUAUGUGGGGCCGUACCGCCUGGAGAAGACACUGGGGAAGGGACAGACAGGUUUGGUGAAGCUGGGCGUCCACUGUAUCACAGGACAGAAAGUGGCUAUAAAGAUAGUAAACAGAGAGAAACUCUCAGAGUCUGUCCUCAUGAAGGUGGAGAGAGAGAUCGCUAUUCUGAAGCUAAUCGAACACCCUCAUGUCCUCAAACUGCACGAUGUGUACGAGAAUAACAAAUACCUGUAUUUGGUGUUGGAACAUGUAUCAGGAGGUGAGCUGUUUGAUUAUUUGGUGAAAAAAGGUCGAUUGACACCUAAAGAGGCGCGGAAGUUUUUCAGACAGAUCAUCUCAGCCCUCGACUUCUGUCACAGUCAUUCUAUAUGUCACAGAGACCUGAAACCAGAGAACCUGCUGCUGGAUGAGAAGAACAAUAUCAGGGUUGCUGACUUUGGCAUGGCAUCUCUACAGGUGGGGGACAGUCUGCUGGAGACGAGCUGUGGAUCUCCUCAUUACGCGUGUCCUGAAGUGAUUAGGGGGGAGAAGUAUGAUGGUCGUAGGGCAGAUGUAUGGAGCUGUGGUGUUAUCCUCUUUGCUCUGCUGGUGGGGGCGUUGCCUUUUGACCACGAUAACCUGCGGCAGCUGCUGGAGAAGGUGAAGAGCGGAGUGUUCCACAUGCCUCACUUUAUCCCCCCGGAGUGUCAGGCUCUGCUGAGGGGCAUGAUUGAGGUCAACCCCGAGAAACGCCUUACGCUGGAAGCAAUACAGAAACACCCAUGGUACCUCGGGGGUCGUAAUGAGCCAUGUCCGGAGCAGCCUCCUCCCAGGCGAGUGUGUGUGAAGAGGAUUGUGUCUCUGACAGAGUUGGACCCUGAUGUGUUGGACAGCAUGCACUCUCUGGGCUGCUUCAGGGAUCGAGUGAAACUCACCCGAGACCUACAGUGUGAAGAAGAAAACCAGGAGAAGAUGAUCUACUACUUGCUGUUGGACAGGAAGGAGCGCUACCCCAGUUACGAGGAUGAAGAUCUUCCACCCAGGAAUGAUAUCGAUCCUCCCCGUAAACGUGUGGACUCCCCCAUGCUGACCCGUCAUGGCCGCUGCCGGCCAGAGAGGAAGAGCCUAGAGGUGCUGAGUGUGACGGAUCAGGGUUCCCCGACCCCGCCCCGCCGAGCCCUCGACACCUCCGCACACAGCCAGAGAUCUCGCUCGGUGAGUGGAGCCUCGACCGGUCUGUCCUCCAGCCCCCUGAGCAGCCCGAGAAGUCCGGUUUUUACCUUCAGCCAAUCUGAGGUCGCCUCCGCCACCCAAGCCAAAGAUCCCAAAGUGGGAAGCGGCCACACCCCUCGGGCGGCCCAGCGUGUGCCCGACCAAAAAACCCAGACGCUUCCAUCCAAGGCGGCGACCGAGCGGCCACAUCUGCAGUCCAUGAAGUCUCUCCCCCUGCAGACACCGCCCUCCCCCUCCCCCUCCCCGUCUCCACUACUCUCCCCCAUCCCUCGUUUCUUCUUCUUCCCCGCUCCCUCCGUCCUGAAGUCCGUCACUAAGUCCAUCUAUCCUAACUCUGCCCAUGUGUCGCAGGUCACGCCCCAGGAUUCCCCGCUUCCCACCCCCCUUGGAACCCCCCAGCAUCCCCCUCCCACCCCACCAUCCUCUUCUUCCUCCUCCUCCUCCUCGCGGGCUGAAGGGGGCGGGGCUGGCAGCAGCGCAGGAGGCGGCUCCCUGUCCCUCACUCCCCCCUCCAGCCCUGGCGCAGGUGGUGGAAUGGCUGCUAGUAGCUCCGCCCAUUGGAGGAGUCGUCUCAACUCGUUCAAGAACAACCUGCUGGGCUCACCACGCUUCCAUCGCCGCAAGCUGCAGGUUCCUACAUCAGAAGACAUGUCCAGUCUCACGCCGGAGUCAAGCCCAGAAUUGGCUAAGAAGUCUUGGUUUGGGAACUUCAUCAGUCUGGAAAAAGAAGAGCAGAUUUUUGUUGUGAUCCGAGACAAACCUCUGAGCUCUAUCAAGGCUGACAUUGUCCACGCCUUUCUAUCAAUCCCGUCUCUGAGCCACAGCGUGAUCUCCCAAACGAGCUUCCGUGCAGAGUACAAAACCUCCGGUGGUUCCUCCGUCUUCCAGAAGCCCAUCAGAUUCCAAGUGGACAUCGCCUUCUCCGAGACAGAGCGGGAACGAGAGUGGGAGAGAGAGGGAAAAAAGGAGACUGGAAUCUAUAGUGUCACCUUUACCCUCAUCUCAGGUCCGAGUCGCAGGUUUAAGAGAGUAGUGGAGACGAUUCAGGCUCAGCUGCUCAGUACUCAUGACCAGCCCUCUGUGCAGGCUCUCGCCGAUGAGAAGAAUGGGAUCUCCUCUCAUCCCCCUGGCACACCCACUCGCCAGAACUCACGCCGCUCUGAAGGGGGUGGGGAACGCAACCAGAGGGCGGAGCAUGCAGACAGUGCAGGUACAGGUAGCAGUGGUAGUGUUAUCCAGCGCAAGGGGUCGGGCAAGGACAAGACCCGCCUCCUGUCGUCCAACGGAACCCAGUCUCAGCCUUGAGAGAACUUUCCAGAUAUGGAGCUUUGACUCAGUUCUCCCCCACCCCCACCCCCCUCACCCAUAAAUCCCACAGUCCCUCAGCCACAGACUCAUCGGAUAAACCUGUAGCUCCAACGCAGCUGGGCGAAAACUCAGAGCAUACUGAAGAGGAAAUGGAUGUUCUUACUCACUGACACCACGAAUCACCUGCAGAGAAAGUGCUCAGCAAGCUGGAACUAUGAUGUCACUCACCUUGAGCGUGCAGAGAAUCUCAAAUCCAAACAGACUGAAUAAUUAACACCAAACAUCUCAAGGCUACACUGUACCGCGUACAAAUUAGUUACGGAUCACCUGAGGUCACCUGAUGGAGGUGAUGAAAAUGUGAUCAUCUUGUUUUCAUCAUCAUCACGUCAUCAUCAUCAUCAUCAUCAUCAUCAUCAUCA